GGAGCCUGCGCAGUGGGGCGGUGCCGGGGGGCGGGGCGCGGCUGCCGUCAGCUGACUGUGGCCGCGGCGGCUUCGCGGUGACGACCGUUGGCGUCGCAGGCUUCUGCGAGGUGCGAGGGCUCGUCUGGCCUCUCUCGGGUCGGCGGGGCGUGGGGGCGGCCGCAGCACCAUGGCGACCACCGUCAGCACGCAGCGCGGGCCGGUGUUCAUCGGGGAGCUGCCGCAGGACUUCCUGCGCAUCACGCCCACGCAGCAGCAGCAGCAGAUCCAGCUGGACGCACAGGCCGCCCAGCAGCUGCAGUACGGAGGGGCGGUGGGCACCGUGGGCCGCCUCAACGUCACCGUGGUGCAGGCAAAGUUGGCCAAGAACUACGGCAUGACCCGCAUGGACCCCUACUGCCGGCUGCGCCUGGGCUACGCGGUGUACGAGACGCCCACGGCCCACAACGGCGCCAAGAACCCUCGCUGGAAUAAGGUCAUCCACUGCACCGUGCCCCCGGGCGUGGACUCCUUCUACCUGGAGAUCUUCGAUGAGCGAGCCUUCUCCAUGGACGACCGCAUCGCCUGGACCCACGUCACCAUCCCUGAGUCCCUGAAGCAGGAGGGCGCGGUGGAGGACAAGUGGUACUGCCUGAGCGGGAGGCAGGGUGACGACAAGGAGGGCAUGAUCAACCUCGUCAUGUCGUACUCGUUGCUGCCGGCCACCAUGGUGAUGCCUCCCCAGCCGGUGGUGCUGAUGCCGACCGUGUACCAGCAGGGCGUUGGCUACGUGCCCAUUGCAGGCAUGCCCGUCUGCGGCCCCGGCAUGGUGCCCGUGGCGGUGCCCCCGCCAGCCGUGAGCGCCCAGCCCCGCUGCAGCGAGGAGGACCUGAAAGCCAUCCAGGACAUGUUCCCCAACAUGGACAGGGAAGUGAUCCGUUCCGUGCUGGAAGCCCAGAGAGGGAACAAGGACGCCGCCAUCAACUCGCUGCUGCAGAUGGGCGAGGAGUCCUAGACCUGCCGCCCCCGCGCUGUGGACUUGCCAACCCAGGGUCCCCCGGGAACGCUGUCCCCACAAGAUUCCUGUGAAAGAGCCCCCGUAGCCCCCUGGACCUCUGUGUCACCCGCCCGCACCUGCUCUGGGACGCAUGUGGGUUCGGUCCCGGCAGCCGCGCUUCCCCUGGGUCCUGGAGGGUGGUCUCCUGCUCUGGUGUUGGGGGUGGGGCAGGGCUUGGCUCAGCCUCACGGUCCUGGGGCUCGGGGACGGGGUCUCCCCUUCUCGUGUGUUCUGGGAAACGUUCUUCUUGUGGAAACUGGCUGCUCUGCCAGGGCGCAGAGGCCGCUGAGCACCCCCGCCCCCCAUCCCACUGAGGGCAUUUGGUCAUCUGGCUUGAUUGAGAGAGACCCGUCAAUGUAAGGCACGCAGAUCCCUCACGCUGACUCGGGAGUCAUUUUCAGAGCUGCCACUCGCGUCCUCCCGAUGCUCUGUUGCCCUGGCCCCGCCUGGGUCUGGCCGGCCAAGCUGAGCCGCGGCAGCCUCCUGCUGGCAGCCGGCGGGACCCGCCGCUCCCUGGCUUGCUCGCCCGUCUGCCCACCCCUGCCCACCCGAGCACGCAGGUCACGUCCAGACCAGACGGCUGUGCUCCCCCGCCCGUCUCCCCUGCCAAGCUCCUGCCAGCCCGGGUGUCCUCCCAAGGGGACGUCGCAGAGUCUCCUGCAGCACAGCCGAGGCUGGGGUGGAAGGUCGCAGAGCCGCCUGCUGCGAGUUUACGGCAGGGGUCCGGGCCCUGCCGCCAACAGCCGCGCAGGCCACCGGCAUUGUGGGUUCGGUCUGGGAGAGGAACGCCGAUCCAGUGAGUGUGAACACCCCGAGACCUUUCGGGGGCUGGAGGUGCCCCUGACCCCCCCCCGCCCCCGUCACCGCGCGCAGCAUCUGGGGUUGCAGAACACGUUGGGUGACAGCUAGUUGUGAAAAUCAGAGAUUUGAGAAAUUUCUCAGAAGUGAUUAAUGCACUUUACACAACACUCACACCAUUGACAGCCGUGUGCGCUCUUGCCUGCCCGGUGCCUGUGGCCUGCGCUGGGCUGCAGUUGCUGGCGUUUGCCCGGCGUUCGCUGCCAGCCUGUGGGCGUCUGCCCUGCUGCUGGGGUGCGGAGAGACGCUGCCCCUCUGGGCUCUGCGGAGGAUGUAGAGUGAGGAAGUUGGCACUGGAGGGUCGUCUUUUCCCCUUGAAUUAUAGGUUAAGCUUUAGUGUCUGCUAGAAAAUACUGCUUUGUGCCCCUGGCGGGGUGCUUUGUGUUAAAUAUGUUGUUGAUAAAUAUUUAUUUUUGUAAGCCUGGAGAAGGGCAUGGUGGUUUUGGGGGUUUGGUGGUGCCAGGUGGGGCCUCAGGGGCCUGACCGUGUGGUGAGGAAGGACGACCAUGCCGGGUCGGGAGGGUCGGCCACUCGCCUUGACAAACCGUCCUGGUUCUGUCUCAGGCUGGGCUCGUGCCUGUGCGGCAGGGUUGGAGGUGUGGGCGGGACUGUGACUGCCUAGGUUUUUGUUUAGUGAUGUUAACAGGCCCGACCCGGAUGGGACCCAAGCCUGCGCUGGGGCGUUGGCACCUGGGUUCCCGGGGCGGCCACCAUGUCCGUUUCUGCCUUAACGUUGCUGGGAGGGGACGCUGCGUGGUGGCUCCGUGGUGGCUCCGCCGCCAGCCCCAGGAGCAGCACAUGGGACCCCCGGGGAGGGAGCGCCCGAGGGCUGGCGUGGGUGCCAGGGAGAGCGAUAGUUCAGGUGACGCCACGCGUCUGCCAUCUCUUGUUUUGUUUUCCAUGAACAUUUUAUUUUUUUAACAGAGCAAAGAAAGACCACAUUUAUAAGGCCUUUGGUUAGAUGAGAUUCCUCUUGCCUUCCUUUUGUGCCGUUUUCCUGUUUCGAGGUUUAUUACCUGAAGCACCUUGUUGAGGACAGCGGGAAAGGGCCGUCCCUCCUCAGCGCCUGCAGCCCCUCAGAGUGACAGCGGCGACCCGCCCCCGCCCCACCCCCGCCUACAUCUGCACGCUCGGCGGGGGGCUUGUCCCCCAGCUCGAAAGCGGCAGCUGCGGCCGGGUGGGGCCUGAGCUUGGACCCUGGGUGUCCGGGGGCUGCUCCCGCUCCGGGCUGGGAGGUGCAGGUGGUCAGUGGACGCAGCGUGGCCGGGCCGGCUCCGCGCCUCGGGCCUGGCUGUGUUUUCUUCUGCUUGGCCUAGGCUGGUGGGAGUCAGAGCCCGGCGUGCACCUGCCGUCUGAGGGAGCCCCGGCGUGAGUCCCACCCAGGCCGCGUUGGGGACGCGAGAGCAGGGGGUGGUUCCUCCCCCGGCCUUGUCAAGGCACCUGAAGGCGCCACCCCUGCCCCCACAGACCCUGCGGGUGUUGGCUCCGCGGCUCCUCGCGGGCUUGGUGGGAACCAUCCUCGGAACGUUGCGUUUCUGAUUAUUUUAUUGGGGUCCAGUGUCCAGAUUUUUCCUUGAUUGUAAAAUAUAUUUUUACUUUUCAGGUUUCUAACUUAAUAAAUGAUCCAUAUAAAAAUAGAGAAAUAAAGUCCUUUAAGGGGAAGUUCA